UUCGGGUAUUCGCUCAUCCGCCUCAUCGCUUCCUCGGCGUCCUGUUCCGUACAUCGCUUUUCGCUAUUUGGGUUCAAGCAUUGUUUCUUCCAGUUCCACGUUUGUUGCGCAACGCUAUUUACCUGCCGCAUGGCGACUUCAGCGCCUUACUCUGCCACAGUAUGGCUGGCAGUGCUCCUCACGUCGAUGGUGCCAGGUCAAUGUCGUCGAGCCGUUUCCAAUGCUGACGUCGACCCGCGGGUGCGAGUGGACGCGGCAAAAAUCAUGAUCCCAGUCGUUGACGGGAAACUUGCGCUGAACAGCAAAGUCUUCAAGUGUUGCGUCCACUCACAGACUGGCGAGGCGCCCGAGCAUGUCAUAUCGCAGGUCUUGUUGCAGGUCAUACUACAGCUCUCAUAUGUUGCAGUUGCACGUGCAGUUCCCACUACCUCCAUGUCUGCAGGUCCUACGACUGCAGCUUUGAGUGCACCUCCUACGGUUAUUAGCGCAGGUUCCAUAGCAGCUCCGACUUCAGGUCCCACUGCAAAUCUCUGUACGGCUCCCACUAUAGCUCAUGCUACAGACUUGUCCUACAACAGCUCCUACUGCACGUCGUACUACGGCUGUUCACGUGGCUCGUACAACAUCCUCUGCAGCAGUUACUACAGCGCCACCUACAGCUGCUGCUGCAACGAUCAUUGCAGCUCCUACUGCAGCCAUGCCAAAUGAUCCUUCCCAUGGGUGCUGUUGUUUUACAGCUCCUGCUGCCGUUCCUACUGCAGUUAUGACUGUUGCUCCGACUACAGCUCCAACUGCAUUUGAUGCCACAGCUCCCGCAAUAGUUCCGUCUGCAACUAUCGCUACAGAUCAACCAUCAUGACAGCUCCUAUUCCUAUUGCAGCUCUUGCACCAGCCUCUAAUGCAAUCAAUUCUACAGCGCCUCUGUCCAAGGUCUUUGCCCGGAUUCUGAGUAGGAUUUCCCUAGCUGGCUUACGCCAGGAAGUUUUACGGACAAGUUGGGCGUCGUCGCCCUCGUAUGGGGGCGUGUUGCGCUGUUGCGUUGUGGCGGGGGGGGCGUGCGCAGCGGUGCAGCAGCGCGUGGUCUCGCCACCGCUGGCGGAACCAGGAGCAGGUGCACCAAGGCCUGGGGCUUCGUUUUUGCCAGCGUCAAAAACAACAGCUUGCCCCGCGGAUCCGUACGCCAGCCACGCCCACAGAGGGCCCCCCGCCCGAUCUUAAGGUGGAGUGUGCUUCAGGACCUGGGGACAUCCCUGCGGCACGGUGGCGGACACUUAUUCCUUGCACGUGUGCGAAGUGAGGCUGAGCUAUCUCGCCCGGGCGACGGGCGAGUCUGUAGUAAACCUCUGGAGCAGGUUGAGUCAAGACGACGAGCGCGUCACGGACGAUCUGCCACCAGCAUUGAAGGCUUGUUCAGGAUAUACAAAACCAGAGGGCGCCCAAACACAAAAUAUGUAUUGCACGCGGGACCAAGGCUUCGCUUGCGAAGUCAUUACGGCAGGUUUGGGAUUCAGCGUGCACGUGACGGUUUGGAAUUCGUAUGGUUGUGGUUGCGAUGCGAAAGCUUUCAGGGCAGGUUCAUGGACCACCAGGAAACGACCUAAUGGGCCACGUAUAUGGACAGCCGACACUUUCGUAAGUGGAGACGUGCCAACUCCAGGCUCUCUCGAUGAGGCGGGAAAAUACGUCACGGAGGAGUUCGACGGCAUCACCUAUCGUAAGCACGGGGCCGAGUUGGAUAUCCCGAUCCAGAGCACCAAGACCGGAAACCGGCCGUUCGUCCGCUCGAACAUCUCGCGCGCUGGGAAGCGAAUCUGGAGGAAAGGCAGGCAGGUGUACGAAUUGAAUGUUGGGGGUGACACGUUUGUAAUGCAAGCCAUUUCGCAGCAGGUUGACCCCACGUUGACAGACAAUUCUGGGCUGAAGGAUCUUCUCUCUCGCAAGCUCCCUGGAAUGGACACGUUUGGCAACAAGAUCGAGGGAGGAGGAUCGCCCAUGUCGCUUCCCGCGGGCACGACGUACCGAUGCAGGGUGCUUGCAGAGGAUCUCAUCCUCGAGAGCCAUGGCACGGCCGUCAUCAUGCAGGACCGCUUCUACAACAGCUAUAUGCUGGAGGACGUGAAGGCCAGGUACUCGGACGAGGAGUGCGUCGAGGAGACGGAGCAGUGGCGUUUCGACUACUGUGGCAGCGCCCUGCGCAGACCCCGUCCCAACGUGCGGCGUGGAUGAGAGGCGCGAUGCCGAGCAGUCUUGGCUGGAAGGCGGCGCCAGAUCCCACCUGCGUGAGCGAGCGCGUCGCAUGUGCCGCAGGGUCUGGAAAACGGAGGUGCGAUCCGGAGGGUCUCCCUGGAAGUGGAUGCGUGCGCG